AUGACGCUCUUGAGGACGCCGCUUCUUACGGCGCUUCUCACGGUGCUCAGCUCCAACUCGGUCAUUGGGGAACCACUAGCGACGAUACAACCUUGUCCAGAGGCAACGGGCCUCCAUGUUGCGCCGAUCACUGUGACCUCUCAGUAUCAACCUGUUGCGACCUGCCAACCAAGCACAGCUUGUGUGAAAGGACAAUGCUCGACGAUAUAUCCCUUCACAACCUAUCCUUUCGUCUCCACCACCAUUCCGCAGGCAUGGAACGGAACAACAACCCAAAAUGUUCUUGUAACAGAUGUUGGCCAAUUUGUCAAGGCCUCUGAACACCUCGAAACUAUCGCAAUUGUCACGGCUGCGCCCUCUGUGAACAGGGCAAUGUGGCCAGGCUGGCUGAACCGUCACAAAAAUGCUGCAACUAUUGACAAUGCCCUUACAUAUUUCGAGACCGUUACUAGGCAGGCCGUUGCUCCUUUCAGUGCUCUUGGACCUAUAGCAAUUCCCGGAUGGGAGGGCAGCGGACUGUGCAAGAACUGUUUAGGCAGUGAUGGUAGCAAGUACCAGCUCUUCCAGGUUGUUGAAUGCCGUUAUGGAUCUUUUGCACCUGGCAAACCAUUUCAAGGGUGUACAGAGUGGUUCGAAACAAUCAUCGAACAACCAUCCACUACUAUGCCGGUAGAGGCCAUUUGCUCAAGUACAGGAACUAUUCCUCGAGCUGGCGUUUAUACUUGGACCUUUCCCCAGGUGGUACCACCUGUCACCGUCACAAAGCCUCCCGUGGUUGUCACUACGACCAUCAAUGGGCAGCCUUUGGUUACGUUGAAGCCCACGUUCCAAGUGAUCCCAUCACAAUCUUGGAAUGCAAAAGUUACAGGCACUUUUACCGCCGCCACAACCUUUGUCAUUGAGGUGACCGUUACCAAGGUGUUUAUUUUCCCGGUGUCCUGGGGAACUAGCUCUGCAGCAUUAUCCAACAGCAUCCCAAUUCCGACACAGUCGCUUCCAGGUCCGAGCAACCAACAUGGAUGGUGGCCGUUUCCCAUUGGUCCCCAUGGUCCCCAUGGUGGUUCCGGCUGGCCUGGUUCUUACGGAGGUGGUCAUGGCUGGCAAGACUGGAAUCCAACCGUUUCCAGUUCGAUCUCCACAAGCACCACUACAUCCACAGCCUGGAGUAGUAGUGGAUGGCUUGACUGGAGCUCACAAUUUUCCAUCACAGUCACCUCAAGCGCGACUACAUCUACCAGUCGGGGGAGUUCGUCCACUUUAAGUUCAAGUGGAUCUGUCGGACCAAUCAGUGGCUCAACGACCGCAACCACCAGCACACGCCAGUCGUCCUCAAUGACAACUACUUCAGGAUCUGGCUCAUCCACAGGAGGGCCCAUAUCAGGGUCUACUACUGGCUCGGGCUCGGGCUCUUCCACCGGUUCAGGGACCGGACCCAGUUCGUCAACAGGAGGGUCUGUUUCAGGCUCUACAACUGGCUCCGGAGGGUCUGGCUCAUCCACAGGAGGGCCGAUCUCAGGCUCUACAACUGGUUCCGGCUCAGGCUCAACCACAGGCUCAGGAUCAUCUACAGGAGUUUCUACCUCAGGUUCAGGCUCGUCAACUGGGUCUGGAGGCUCGGGCUCGUCCACUGGUGCGCCGACAUCAGGUUCAGGCUCAUCAACACAAGGCUCAGGCUCCUCGACAACUGGUGGUGGUGGCGGCCAAGGAGGUUCAGGGUCAUCUACCACAGGAGGCUCAGGAGGCUCUGGCUCGUCUACUUCAGGUGGUUCAGAGUCCUCCACCACAGCGGGAUCAGGAUCGUCUACCACGGCGUCAACCACGGGAGCCUCAAGUGGCUCAGGGUCAUCCACCACAGAUGGUUCAGGGUCAUCUACCACAGGUGGUUCAGAAUCAUCUACCACGGGUGGUUCUGGAUCGUCUACCACAGGAGGCUCUGGCUCGUCUACUUCAGGUGGUUCAGGAUCUUCCACCACAGGAGGCCCUGGGUCAUCCACCACGGGUGGAUCAGGAUCCUCCACAGCAGGUUCUGGCUCGUCUACUUCAAGCGGAUCCGGAGGACCUGGGUCAACAACGUCCUCAGGAGCAGUAUCUUCCACCACAAGCGGGUCUGGAUCUUCCACGUCUGGUGGCGCCGGUUCUUCCACCUCUGGAGGAUCGAUAUCAUCAACAUCCGGUAGUUCUGUAUCUUCCACUACUGAAGCACUAUAUCCUGUCCCGACAUUCUAG